GAUGCAUUAUGGUCUUGCGGUCAUGCAGCGCCUUUCAAGUUUUGUAUUAAACAUAUAAUUGUUUCCUUCUGAUAGCUCUUUAAAUAUCCCCUACUACAUAGGUUCUACUUCCCAGUUCAAUCGAUGGAGUUGAGGGCAGUGCAUCCCAACGUAUCUUAUCGUGGUCGCUGGCAUCGCUCUUCAGAAGAUACUUGUAUAGCCUCAUGGUGCAGUUCCUCGUUUGUGCUUCAGGUAUCUGGAGGAUGUUUGAAGAUUCGGUGCGGAAAUUAGACGUGUCGAAAAGAUCCAUGGAAUGGCGGUACUCCCAUGCUCGUAUGGACUAUCACGCGUGAUGGCUCUUCUGAGCCCUUUACAGUCGAAAGCGGAGAUAUGGAACCUUCUCGGGAGCUCGUUUUGUUUGAUGCAAAUCGUAUACCCGACUUUUCUGAGGGUGUAUACUGUAUAGAAGUCACGCUAGUAGAUUGGGCGUCCAGUUUGGAAGUGGAAGCUAUUAUUGUGGAUUCAGAAUCAUCGUUGCUGCCCUAUUCUACUGCUGACGCUAUCUUGGGGCCGACUCCCAUACUGCUGAUCGGCGACUCCAUAUCUUGCGGAUAUGCCGUAUCUAAGGAAGACGGUGGCCAGCCUAUUCCUCGUGGUUAUCUUGAUGCCUUUCCCACUAUCGCACAGCGCUUGUUAAGCAGAUAUGGAGGCUCGCCUCAUAUACUGUUUGAAACUAUAUCGUAUCCCGGUGUGACUUUGGUCAACCCUACGGCGGAGGAGGCCGAAGAGGGCAUGGCGGAAGGCAUGUUAGCCAAGUUUUUCCAGGUCUCACCCUGGGACUCUGCCUUGUGCUCCAGUCAUAGAAACAAGCCAUCCGUAGUGAUGAUCGCUCUUGGCACCAAUGAUGAUGCAUUAGAUGUAUCAACAGAAAGUUUCUCAGCGUCAUUCAACGAGCUCAUCGGACGGCUUUUCCAGCUGUACGAAUCGUCGCUCGCUUGCGUUAUUUUCAUUGAACCAUUUCCAGACUUCACGGAAGGCGACGACAUUGAACCAUCGACCCUGUCCUCUUGCAUUCCAGCCGUCUUCGAACAGCUCCGUCAGCGAUAUGAACACGUUACGUUUCAUAGUAUUAACAUCAGCUCGGGGAUUGAGCGCAGACACACUAUGGAUGGAUUACAUCCCAACGUAAAAGGGCAUGAAGUUCUUGGGAAGAAUCUUGCAGAUCAGCUCUGUAUUAUCUUGAAACCUGUAAUCUAG